AUGGUUGUCAGCGAGAACGAGGACAAGACCUUCUCCCGCGCCAUCAGCGAGAGGACGGCGGACGACCUGCCGGACGGCGACCUGCUGGUCUCGGUGGCCUAUUCGUCCCUCAACUACAAGGACGCGCUGUCGGCCUCCGGCAACAAGGGCGUCACCCGCAACUUUCCCCACACCCCCGGCAUCGACGCCGCGGGCACGGUGGUGGAGAGCGGCGCCGGCGAUUUCGCCGCGGGCGACGAGGUGGUGCUCACCGGCUUCGACCUGGGCGCCAACACCGACGGCGGCUUUGCCGAGUACGUACGGGUGCCGGCUGCCUGGGCGGUGAAACGCCCGGACGGGCUGAGCCUCAAGGAAAGCAUGGUCUACGGCACCGCCGGCUUCACCGCGGCCCUGUCGGUGCUGCGGCUCCAGGAAGGCGGGGUCACGCCCGACUCGGGCGACGUGCUGGUGACCGGCGCCACCGGCGGCGUCGGCUGUCUGGCGGUGGGCAUCCUGGCCCACGCCGGCUAUCGGGUGGUGGCGUCCACCGGCAAGGAGUCGGAAAAGGACUUCCUCAUGGGCCUGGGCGCGGCCGACGUCAUCUCCCGCGAGGCCGCGGACGACCAGUCGGGGCGACCCUUGUUGAAGAGCGUGUGGGCCGGCGCCGUGGACACCGUCGGCGGCAACAUCCUCGCCACCGCCAUCAAGUCCGCCAAGUACGGCGGCGUGGUCACCUGCUGCGGCAACGUGGCCUCCGUGGAUCUCCCCACCUCCGUCUUCCCCUUCAUCCUCCGGGACGUGCGCCUCAUCGGCGUGGCCACGCCGGACUGCCCCGCGGGCAUCCGCGCCACCCUGUGGCAGAAGAUGGCUGGUGAGUGGAAGCUGCCCAACCUGGACGCCGUCACCAUCGACAGCUCGCUGGACGAGCUGGACCCCCACAUCGAAAGCAUCCUCAAGGGCGGGAUCCGCGGCCGCGUGGUGGUGGACCUUUCGCGCUGA